CCCCAGCUCAAGAAACAGAAAGUGCCUGAUACGGAGCCACCUCCCCUCUCCCUGGGGGAACAGCAGAUGCUCGCUGCGGUAAAGGUCAGCUUGGCAGAGGCACAGGCACUUAGGGAGUCUGCGAAGGACAGUGGAGACUGGACGGUCGUAACAAGGCCAAAGGUGAAGAAGCAGUUGAAGCAACAGAAGAGGAGAGAGGCCAACCCCGCAGUCUUCAAGUAUAUGGUGCAAGGGUUGAAGACCCGGCGAGACCCUGUGUCGAUUGAUAGCGUACGCGAGUUCACCCUCUCAUUGUUAUGUGACAUCCCCCCUCAACAAUGGAUCAUCGCCGAGAACCCACGCUCGAUUACCCACGUCCUAGCCCUCUUCAUCCCCGGUAUCGAAGCUUCCGACAUCGGGCUCCCGGCGCCAAUCCAUUCGGAGCCAGCGAUGCCCCUCGAGCUGCCCCGUCUGCGCCCACCCUCUUCCGCCGAGUCGCGCCUCCCUAUUCUCCAUAGCCUCUUUUCCCAUGCAUGUCCCACCCGAGCACCGGGAGAGCAGUAUAAGUUGCACUCGUUUAUUGCACACUUUAUGCAGAGUCCGUUGACACCUGAGGAGGCGAGGAAACGGCAUAAGCAACGGCAAGAACUAGAACAGCAUACGAAUCUUACUGCAGCAGACCUUGUACUCUCAUAUCCCCAAAUGAAAGAAAACGACUACCCGAUCCCUACCUACCUCCGCCCCCACCUACGCAGCGCGCCCUCUCCCACAACCGAACCUUCAUCCUUAGAACCAGGCUGGAUCGAGACACCUCCAACGAAGGACACACCUCCGAAGUACAUGCUCUUAGCGAUCGACUGCGAGAUGUGCGAUACGACUGCUGGGCAGGAGCUGGCGCGCGUGUCCAUCUUGGAUAGCACGACGAAUUCUACGAUAUACGACACGAUGGUCAUGCCUGCUCAUCCGAUUACGGACUAUCUGACGCGAUUCUCUGGUGUGACGGAGGCGAAGCUCGCCGGGGUGACGACCACGCUAUCGGACGUACAGCAACACCUGCUCUCGAUACUACAUCCUGAUACCAUCUUGCUGGGGCAUUCGCUGGACAACGACCUGAAGACGCUCAAACUCUGCCAUCCGCGUUGCGCUGAUACCUCUGUGUUGUUCCAUCAUCCUCGUGGGGGCCCGUACAAGCCUGGUCUCAAGUGGCUGGCCCAACGAUGGAUGGCGAAAGAGAUACAGAAGAAUGACGGAAAGGAGGGGGAGAAUGGGGGCCACGACCCGGUCGAGGACGCGAGGACCACGUUAGAGCUGUUUCAGCUCAAGCUGGAGAAGGGUCCGACGUUUGGUGAGUUCCAGCAAGAUGUCGAGUCCAUCUUUGAGAAGCUCGCAAGGCCGAGCGGGAAACGGCCUAAUGGAUCAACAUCUGCGGUCGUGGAUCACGGCAAUCCCGCCCAAUGGCACGGAUCCAAGGCCAAGACAUCUGUAGCGUGCACGACGGACGACGAUGUCGUACAAGGCGUAAUUGACGUGAUCCCGGAGCACGAUUUUGUCUUUGCGAGAUUUAUGGACCUUUCGCAUGCCAAGGGGUGGGCAACGGCCAAGCAGUCCGCUCUGUUUCCCACAAAACCGGCGGAUCCGUGUUCUCCAUCUAAUGACCCGCCUGAGCCGCCAAGCGAGGUGAUUGAGAAGGCAUAUGCUGGUCUCAAUGAGCGAUUGACGAGGUUGCAUCGGUCUUUGCCAAAGUCGACAGCGAUCAUCCUCAUGACGGGUCAUUCUGAUCCCCGUACGAUCGUCCAGCUGAACACACGCAAGCAGCACUGGGAACAGCAGUGGAGGAAGACGGGCGAGCUGGCACAGAUACCAAAGGAAGACUGGUGGACGGGAGAGGAUGAUCGGAACCUUGUUUUUGCAGUAGAUAAGGCAAGGGCGGGACUCGCCUUCUUUUGUAUUACGAGACAAGCCCCUGUAGUUCAACCUGCAACAUAAAGAUGAUGUUUUA